AUGUACGCUUCUCGAGCCUACCCUCACUAUCUUCACCUUGCCGUCGACUUUGCCGGUUCCCACUAUUCUCAGACGACUCCCAGCGAAAACUUGAGAAGUGACGUUGAAGCAGCGCUGGCUGCCAACACAGAACUUUCGACCUGCGCAGUCCAGGCGCUAUUGAUUUACUCCAUCGUUUUGUUCUCCCGAGAUGAAAUCGAGGAUGCUCACAUCGCGUUUGGCCGGUGUGCUGAAAUCGCCCUGGAAAUUGGCAUGAACCGUGCAGAUUUUGCUUCUUCGAGGCACCCAGAGAACUCAGUCGAGGCCGAAAGCUUGAGGAGAACAUGGUGGGAGCUCUUCGUCGCGGAUGUUUUGAUGGCGAUCCCUCUGAAGACUAUCUCCUUUCGGUGCAGUGCUGUGUCGCCGGAGGUUCCUUUGCCAUGCGAAGAGUCGUUAUAUACCGGAAAUUGCGAGCUCCCUGAGCCACGCAAAGUUCUCGAGUUCAAGAGGAGGAUCUUGCUCGAAGAAGACGUUGUGUUCUCUUCGUUCAGCUACCGCAUUGAAGCUGCAACCAUUCUUGGCCGGGUGCUGGUUCUCAACCGCCUGAAAGAUUACCACCGCGACCAUUUGCAGGCCAUCGAAAACGCGCUCGUCAGUUGGUCAAAUCACCUGCCGAUGGAGAAGAUGGAAAUCGUGGACCCAUACGGAAACAUGGAUGAGAUGAUGUUCCAGGCGCAUGUCAUCAUCGCUCAUGCAAGUAUGCUUCUCCACUUACCACGAAGCCGCUUCUACCCUCUGUUAUCGAGCCCCCAAGACGACUUCAUGCCCUACACGCAUCUUCACUCUUCAUCAGCAUCAACGCGGCUCGUACAGAGCAUCAAGGCUAUGAACGCUUCAAGACGGCUAUCGGACUACAUCUCAUUAUGUCCAAACAUUCAGAAACACACACCAUUCAUCAUCCCGGCGCUCGCAAUGGCUGGCCUCACUCAACUCGCCACGUCCAAAAACCACUCUGAAGAAUGCUUCGACCAUCACUACAACAGAGUGACAUUAGUACUGGGCUGCUUGAAGAAGAUGAAGCGGACGUGGCACCUGGCCGAGCCUGCAUACCACCGGGUGCGAUCAUGUGCCGCGAGGUUGAUCUCAGACUUGAUGGACAAGCUCAACUCUGAACCUCUGUCAAAGUCUGCGGUGUUGACACAGUCAACGCCGCGUGAGUCUGAAGAGAACAACAGCCCCACGGCGGAAGCCGUACCAGCGGUUGCGCAAGUUCAGCUAGUGCCCGAGCUAGACCCCAGUUUCAUUGAUCCUAUCUGUUACAACUAUUCUCUGUUCAGCUCUUUACCGGAAUUUCAGGACCGGUAG